CGGGCUCCACACCAUAGAGUCCGGAGGACCCGAAGCUAGACAGGUCCCAAUGAGCUCAUCUCUCUUCUCGCUACCACAGAGUCCCGGCGGCCCCGCAGGUAGAGCGACCAGCGGGAGAAGCCGCUCUCCCUGAGCUCCACACCAUAGAGUCCGGAGGCGCGACGGAGCUAGUGACCUCCCUGCGGGCCAUCGCUGGACACCACAGAGACCCGCGGGGCUGCGGACACCCCCCAGCUCGCGCUUGACGGGGCAACUGCGCCGCUCCCCCCUUAAUUAGGGUGACGCGGCGCCGGAAUCGCUCCAGGCUGGGUCCUAAAGGAUGGAGCCCACGGAGGCAGCCCAGGCCCCGGAGCGGAGGAAGAGAUUCACUGUGCAGUCACAGGACCCUGAACAUACCAUGGUGAGACCCAUCUUCAAAUCUUCUUGCUCUGCAGCAGAGCCCAGGGCCCCUGCCCUACCUGGGGCCACCUCCUAUGCUGAAUACGUCGUCAAACAGGUCUCUGCGUCCUUGGCCUCCAUGCCAGUCUCCCGGCCUGCCAGGGUGACGGCUGCAUCAUCGGAGUCCAGAGCGGGAGCUUCCUCAGGAGCGCUUCCUCCAGGCACUGAGACCAGCACUGUACUCCCUGCUGCCAGUGGGGACUCGGACCCCAGCCCCACGCUGAAAGCGGGGCCCAAGAGCAACUGCAUCAUCGUCAGUGCUCGCCAGCGGGGGAACCCCAUCCUGAAAUUUGUGCGCAACAUUCCCUGGGAGUUUGGCGACAUCGUCCCUGACUACGUGCUGGGCCAGAGCACGUGUGCCCUCUUCCUGAGCCUGCGGUACCACAACCUGAACCCCAACUACAUCCAUGAGCGGCUGCAGCUCCUGGGGAAGACAUAUGCGGUCCAGGUGCUGCUGGUGCAGGUCGAUGUGAGGGACCCGCACCAGGCACUGAAGGAACUGGCCAAGAUGUGCAUCCUGGCCGACUGCACCCUCAUCCUGGCCUGGAGCCCCGAAGAGGCCGGACGCUACCUGGAAACGUACAAAGCCUACGAGCAGAAACCAGCUGACCUGCUCAAGGAGAAAGUGGAUCAGGACUUCCUGUCCAUAGUGACGGAUUGUCUGACCAGCGUGAAGUCAGUUAACAAGACAGACGCGCUGAGCCUUCUCUCAACGUUUGGGUCUCUCGCGAACAUUGCACAAGCGUCCAAAGAGGAUCUCUCCCUCUGCCCAGGCAUUGGGCCCCAGAAGGCCAAGAGGCUCUUUGACACCCUCCACGAGCCCUUUCUGAAGAUCCCCAAAUGAGCGGAGCACUGCCAGCAGCACAGACAAGCAGGAAUAAACAACCCCCUUUGCCCAGCAGGCCACGUGUCCCUGCCAGCACGCCGUAUGCUGUCUGCUAGGAAGCCAGGGCCUUGGGGGACACUUAGCAGCACCAGGAACCAAAGCCCAGCUGUUUCUGCGAGUCUGGACUUUGACAAUAAAACAUGCUGUGUAGCAUCGCAGGUUGGCCUGGCCACCAAACAGCAUCUCACGUGGCUUUGGGUCAUGGAGUCCUCCUGCCCAAGCUGUGUAUGCCCCUAGGGAGUGGGGGGCUCAUCAAACCUCACUGCCAGAUAAUGGGUCAAGCAGAAACCUGGACACAGCCCCACCUGGUAGCGGGGCAGCAGUUUUUGGCAUCUAGGCUUCCCAUAUCCUCCCAGGGAGGGGUGCUGGCUGGCUGGCUCAGGACUCUCCGCCUGGGGAAGUGUGAGGGAGCUGUUCCAGUCCCCUCCACCCAAUGCACUGACAGCAUGUGUUGUAGCCUGCAGCCUCAAGGGCAUGCACUGCAGGUGCAGGAAUACAUGGGUGGGGGAGUCCCCUGCUGGGGACCCUCACAGCCCCUUCCCUUGCUCCACUGCCACAUGGGCCGCGAGCAGCCAAUAGCUUCUAGGGCAACCAGGGGAGAUUUGCUAGAGCAAGGACUCCAGGUCUCUGGGGUUAAAGCACUGCCUUGAUGCCAGGAGCUGGAGUGGGGGUGGGGAAAGCCCCCCACCCUUGUGUGCUUUGGUCCCAGCAGGGAGCGGUCAGAUCUGUAGGGUAAGCGCUAAGGCCUCAGCUUUGAAACAGUCUGUAUGAGGAACCCUUAUAGGGGUCUGACUCUUCACCAGCCCCUUAGAUUGGACCUCUGGGCCUUCAGCACCCCUGCUUCACCCCGUGAGCUCCCUUCAGCACGUCCCACUGAGGCAGAACCCUGAAGGAGACUUGUACGUUUUCCAGGGAUCACUGGAGCCACUCACAGCGCUUUCAAAGCAGCAGGGGUUAGUAGCCAUGCAGAACAUAGCAUAGGAAGUCCUUAGGUUAGCAGAGAGAAGCGUAGAAGUGCAGGGACUGGGUCGCAGAAUGUAAGGCACCGGGUCGCAGUGGCUCUGGGCAGCACCGCACCCAGGAUGUUAAAAGUCCUGUUGGCGGUGCUGCCCGGCUAAGGCAGACUAGUCCCUACCUGUUCUGAUCCCGCACUGCA